AUGGGAGCAGCUCCGUCACAGGCCAUUCCCGUUACUGAUGAUGAAGACGCUGCAGAUGAGGAGGACGUGUCAAUGCCGUCGUCCACAGUUCUGACCUGGACCUUCGUCGUUCUCCUCACCUGUAGUGAACUGAGCCAAAGUCAAGUGUUCCUGCAGCGAUCGGUGGCCGAGCAGCUCCUCCUCCUCCGGCGGCGGCGGGCCAACUCCCACCUCAUGGAGGAGGUGUUACCAGGAAACCUGGAGAGGGAGUGUUACGAAGAGACAUGCUCACAGGAGGAGGCGUUGGAGAUCUUCCAGACAAAGGAGAAGACGCUGGAGUUUUGGUUCGUAUACCAGAAUCUGAACCCCUGUCGGUCCAACCCCUGUCUGAACGGAGGCAUCUGCUCCCUGGACCGAGGUGACUUCCUGUGUCUCUGUCCACCUCAGUACCGUGGCAAGACCUGCGAAUCAGACGUGGUGGAGUGUAGCUAUAGAAACGGCGGCUGUAUGCAGUACUGCAGAGACCUGGAGGGUGGAGCCGGAGUUCAGUGUGGCUGCGCUGACGGAUAUGAACUGAACGUUGACGGAAAAAGCUGCUCCGAGACAGUGGCGUUUCCCUGUGGUCGGAAACGGAAUCAGGUUUGGUUCAGAGGACGGUCCUUGUGGAGCCAUGAUAACGUCACCAUGGAGAUGGAUGUCACUAUGGAGACAAACAUCACCACAGAGACAGACGCCGGCCUACUGGACAGCAACGGCACCGACAGCUGGGUCCCUAAACAUAACAUGACAGAGACAGAGGUGUCCAUGAACGCAUCGUCUGGACAGGCUGACCGUGAGCUGGAGCCGUGGGAGGAGGAGAGGGUGGAGCAUUUACGAAUAGUGGGCGGAGAUUUGGAGAAACAAGGAGGAAGUCCAUGGCAGGUCCUGAUCCGCAGGUCUGACGGGUACGGGUUCUGUGGAGGAACCCUGGUCUCUGACCGGUGGGUUGUCACCGCCGCUCACUGCCUGGAGGAGGAGGCAGACCAUGUGACCAUAGGUGACUACGAUAAGAAGCGUCCGGAUCCAGGGGAGCAGCUCAUCAAGGUGCAGAAGGCCAUUGUCCAUCCUCACUUCCACGCCUUCACCUUCGACAGUGACGUGGCGCUGCUGUACCUCGCCCAGCCUGUCAUCUUCAGCGCCGCUGCCAUCCCCGCCUGCCUGCCGGACCGCCACUUGGCCCAGUACCUGUUGAAGGAGGGGAACCGGGGUCAGGUGACCGGAUGGGGGACCACCCAGUACCUGGGCCGCUCGUCCCGGUUCCUCAGGAAGGUGGUUCUGCCGGUGAUCAGCUACCAGGACUGCAGGAUGUCCACAGACCAGGUGAUCACCGACAACAUGUUCUGUGCCGGAUACCUGGAGGCGCCUGUGGACUCCUGCAGCGGGGAUAGCGGCGGGCCCUUCGUGGUCCACUACAGGGACACCUGGUUCCUGACCGGGGUCGUCAGCUGGGGGGAGAAGUGCGCCUCCAGGGGCAAGUAUGGAGUCUACACCCGACUGGGAAACUUCCUGAGCUGGAUCCAAGACACCAUGAGGAGAACUGACCUGAACGGUACCGAGAGCUGAACCUGGACUGGGAGGACCGGGAGGACCAGGAGGACUGACUAGACCGACUGGACCCGGGUACAGGGUCUGAAGCCCAGGUUUACAUGUUCAUGCUGCUGAUUCCAACAUAAACUUCUAAUGAUCUCAGAGGAAUCGUACAAGAAACUUAAUGAACCAUAAUCGCUCUGUCCGAACUUUCCUCCGUCACUAAAAUUCUUGCCGUCGCGUGUGAAAUGUUUCAGACCAGUUUGAUGUCUUUUCAGAAUGUGUCCUAUGUCCUCCGGUGGUUU